AUGGGGGAGUCUGGGCCAACUCAACGAGGGGGGAGCGUCUACCUGCCUGACUACUCUGUUAGGCAGCUCACACACCUGCAGAUCAUUAAGAUCACCCGUAGCCACUACCAGAACGCCCUGACAGCCACUCUGAUGGACAGCUCCCCCCAGACCCCCGACACAGACGCCCGGCCCACAGACGGGAACACUCCCGACCUCCCUGUCCCGGAGCAGAGUGGAGACCACCUCCUCCCCCCCAGAGAGACCCGGCCCAGCUCGGCCAGAACCAGAGGACAGCAGUCCUCCGUCCCACACAGCACCUCUCUGCUCAACGAGAAGAACCGCAUCGUCCGCAGUAAAUCAGACGGUCAGAACAGCCCCAGUGACUCCGUGUUCCUCAGGAUGGAUGAGAUCUCGUACAUCAGAGAGGAGCACUCAGAGAGGGACGGCACCAACGACACAGCCUCUGUUGCUAUAGAAACGGACGCCCCCUCCUCUUUCAUCAGUACUCUGUCUCUGAGUGGAUCAGAGGACACACUGGGCAAGAAACUACUGCUCAAACUCAGUCACAAGAAGAGGAAAAAGUCUCGGGAAGGAGACAAGACACCUGAGGAGACAUCGGAGCAGCCGCUGGUCAAGACCUAGCAGUGUGUGUGUGUUGUGUGUGUGUGUAUAUGGACUAACUCACACUAUCAUCAACAGCCUAUUUCCCUCUUUUUGAUCGUUUGUCAGACGUUUCUGCAACGUUUGUCAGACGUUCCAGUCACUAGUUGACCACUCUCAGAUGUCCCAACCAACAGACAUUCUAAAGGGAAACAGAAGGAUAUAACAGCACAUAGAAAAGAUAGACCUCAUCUCCCCCUAACACCCCCACAGUCUCUGAUCUUAGACCGAACCAAAUGGGAGGAACUCACUGAACCAGCGGGACGGAAGCUACCAUGUCAUCAUGAACCUGGGGGGGGGGGGGGUUCUUCUUGAAUGUUUCAUGUCGAAGUGGCUAAUGGAUUUGAAGACAAAGGAUGUCAGGAGGUUUUUGGUUUAAGCCACUGUCACAAUUUAAUUCACCCCCCUCUUACAAAAUAAUUUAAUUGGCCCUGUUGGAGCUGUGACAAGGAAACCAAAGACUAUGUAGAUAUCAUCAGUGCACAGAAGAAUAUUCACCAUGCGCCAUUAUAAAGAGCUCAUCCAUUCCUUCUUCAGGUGGUUUUAUGGAUGCUGUAUCACUUG